AUGGCCUUCCUGGGGCUGGUGCUGUUUCUGGCGCUGCCUGCCUUUUUCCUCGGAGUCCUUGUCUGGACUGUCUUUGAACAUUUCCGCACUACAGACAUCCCCUCUGCCAUACAACAUCCUGCCAAGUUUCGAUUUCUGCACUGUAUGUUCCUGUAUGUGAUAACUUUGGGGAAUAUAUUUGAGAAGCUGGGGAUUUGCUCCAUGCCCAAAUUUUUCCGCUUUCUACAUGACAGAGUAAGAAUAAAGAAGGACCCUGCGCUUGUGGUCACCAAUCUGCGCUUUGGGACUAUACCCGUGAGGCUGUUCCAGCCCAAGGCAGCGUCCUCUAGACUCCGGAGGGGUAUCAUCUUCUACCAUGGAGGGGGUGCGAUCUUUGGGAGCCUGGACUCUUACCACAGCUUAUGCUGUUUUCUGGCCCGGGAGACCGACUCUGUGCUGCUGAUGAUUGGGUACCGCAAGCUCCCUGACCACCAUGCCCCCGCCCUUUCCCAAGACUGUCUGAAUGCCUCCAUCCACUUCCUGAGGUGCCUGGACACCUAUGGAGUGGACCCUUCCCGGGUCGUGCUCUGUGGAGAAAGCAUUGGAGGAGGGGCUGUGGUCUACAUCGCCCAGACCCUGGUGGGCAGAUCAGAUCUUCCCAGCAUUCGGGCUCAGGUUCUGAUUAACCUGUGUGUCCAGGCCAUUAAUUUGUGCUUACCAUCCUCUGAGCAGUACUGGUGCGUCCCAUUCCUCAGCCAGGAUUUCGUAGUGACUUCCAUCUGCAAGUACAUGGCCAUUGACAUCUCCUGGAAGGAGGCCAUCCUGACGGGAGCAUUUAUGCCCCCAGACACCUGGAGGAAGUACAGGAAGUGGCUCAGUGCUGACAACAUCCCCAAGAGAUUCCAAGGCAGAGGCCCCCCACCCAGGUUUCCUGCCCCCUAUAAUGAGGCUGCCUAUCUAGAAACCAAACAUCUAUUCGAUAGAGAAUAUUCACCCUUCCUGGCAGAUGACGAGACCAUGGCUCAGCUUCCUGAGGUCUUCCUGGUGAGCUGUGAGAAUGACAUGCUCCGGGAUGACAGCUUGCUCUAUAAGAAACGCUUGGAGGACCUGGGGGUCCGUGUGACAUGGUACCACGUGGAGGAUGGCUUUCACGGAUCCCUUAUCUUAUUUGAUAAGAAGUUUUUCUCUUUCCCAUGCUCUGUGAAAAUUGUGAAUGCUGUAGUCGAUUAUAUAAAGGGUAUCUGA